AUGAACCAGGAGGAACGAAGGAUCGUGCUGAUGGGGAAGACUGGUGUUGGGAAGAGUGCAAGAGGAAACACCAUCCUGAAUAAAAAUGCUUUCAGAUCAGAGAGAUCUUUAAACUCUGUAACUGAAUACAGCGAACUUGUAGGGACUCGAGUAGGAGGAAAGUUCAUACGUGUGGUUGAUACACCAGGAUUGUUUGACACUAGAUCACUGACACAAGAUCAGUUAGUGAUGGAGUUGUGCAGGAGUGUUUACCACUCACAACCAGGAGUUCAUGCUUUCAUUCUGGUUUUCAAAUUAGAUCCAUUUACAGAACAGGAAGAGGAAAUAAUUAAGAGUUUACAGAAGGUUUUUGGUAAGAAGGUUACAGAUCACAUGAUCAUUUUGUUUACUCAUGCUGAGGGUGUAAGAGAGGAAAUUAUACAUCAGGAAAGAUGCAGGAAUGAACAUCUCAGAAGGGUUUUAGAUCAGUGUGGAGGAAGAUUUCACAUCUUUAAUAAUGCAGAACCACAGAACAGACAGCAGGUCACUGAACUUCUGCAGAAGAUAGACAGGAUGUGGAAUGGAGGAUUUUAUACUAAUGAAAUGUAUAAGGAAGCACAUAGCCGAACCUGGGAGGAAUUGUGGGAGCAACACAAAUAA